AUGAAUUCGUAUCGCCCACGAACUGAUGGCCCAACGAGGACGUUUACGGCGGGUCCUCGAUCUUCGCGAUCUACAAGAUCUACAACCUCUUCCAUCCCCAAGACGUUUACGGCUUCUUAUCAAAGAUCAGCUGCAACCACUACUACACAAAGGACUACUUUUACCAACCGGGUGAAUCGCAGAGGACCCACUUACCGUCCUCCGGCUCCCCCUAAAUUUCUUCAGCGAUCGGGAGGUAGUAGUAUGGGUCAGGAGCAAGUGAAACCAACAGAAGACGCAUCAGAUAAGAAAAAAACUGCGGUGUACAAAUCCUCGAGACUUGGAAUGCCCAGAAAAACGCCAUUGCGACAGACGCGACAGCCGGAAGAGGAGGAUUCCGCCACGACAUCCGCGGAAUCAUCCUACUCUGCUGAGGAGCCCACCACCGAAGAGAACAAGGAAUCAUUGGAAGAAAAGAAGGAAAAGCCAACGACUCGUCGCCUUGAUCCACUGGUAUAUCGUUCCAAAAAUUGCACCUUUAAUCAAGAUUAUCUGGAUGUCCUCACCUUUGAUCCGACUACGGAAGAUAUAUUGGCACUCUCAUCCGAUGAAGAAGAGAAAGUAGAAGAAGCACCCAAGGUGGUUCCUCGUAAAACGACAUUCAAGCCAUAUGUCAAGAAGGAACAAUCGGCAGGAUUUGGAUUCUGGACAUCUGGACUGGAGGAUUCCUUGCUAGCGACCAGCGGAUUCAGCUACAAGCCUGCAGUCACCAAGAAACCACUGCCCAAGAGAAACAACCGAAAUUCAAACGAGAGCGAGCAGAAGGGCGUUGCAGCACCGACCACACUUACUUCGAGAACUGCCAUGACCUCGUCGCCUCUGUUUUUCUAA